UUACAUCCUUUACAACUCGCAUAGGCGGUGACGUUUUCUAGAGAAGAAAGCACCGUUCUGUGUGAUAGUUGGGAUCGGAUAUUAAUGUCACAAAUAUAGUUCAUACUUACACACUGCGGGAUACUCGCAUAGCAAUAUUCUACUCUUCAGGAAAUAUUUAAUGUAGGAUUUAUGUGUAAAUUAUAUACUGCUUUGGCACUGUGUUUAUACUUCUGUGGAAUAUAAAAUAUUUAUCCUUGUGUUUGAGCACGCGCUUAUGAACUGGAGGAAUACAGAUUUGUUUAUACCAAAGGGAGUUUACAACAGUGUUGUUCCAUAUCAAGGAUCUUAUUAUAAUAUCUGGAAUUAUACGAAAGCCCGGGAAUAGCAUAUGAGCCUUGUCCAUGGCUCAAAGGUUUGAGAAUGAUCUCCCGGCACACUACCCCGGGGGUGGGGGUCUGGGAGGGAUGCCGGACGGUAUGUACGACCGGUCCCUCCCGAACCACCCCCUACAUCAACAGUCAUCGAUGCAUCACUACCCCCCAUACUCCACCAACAGCUCUAUGCCCCCCGUCAACUCAUCUCAGGACUCGCAGUUAAAAAGAGAUAAGGAUGCAAUAUACGGGCAUCCAUUAUUUCCUUUAUUAGCCCUCAUAUUUGAAAAAUGUGAGCUAGCAACCUGUACCCCCCGGGAACCCGGAGUAGCCGGUGGAGACGUGUGCUCCUCCGAAUCAUUCAACGAAGAUAUAGCAGUGUUUAGCAAACAAGUUUUAGCCCGGUCAGAAAAACCUUUAUUUUCCGCAAAUCACGAAUUGGAUAGCGUGAUGAUUCAGGCGAUACAGGUGUUACGAUUUCAUUUACUGGAACUAGAAAAGGUGCACGAACUUUGUGACAAUUUCUGUCACCGCUACAUCAGUUGUUUAAAAGGAAAAAUGCCGAUAGAUUUAGUGAUAGAUGAACGAGAAGGGGGGAGCACCACGUCCAAAUCUAGUUCGGAUAAUCCGCCGGAUCCCUCGGAAGGAGUGGAUCAACAGCGUCCCCCCUCCCAGAGCCUGACCUUUGGGCCACAGGAAGACACACAGUCCUCCCGGUCCGGGGACACGCCCAUCACACCUAGUCAAUCAAACGCAACAUCAAAUUCAUCUCACAAUGCAGACAACAUCAGUGAAUCAGGGGAAGGUCUAGACAACAGUGUCGGAUCAGGGGAGGGAACUGCGGAUGAAGAUUCCGAGGACCGUGCCAAUUCAAAACGUCAGAAAAAGCGGGGCAUUUUCCCCAAAGUGGCCACAAAUAUCAUGAGAGCAUGGCUCUUUCAGCAUUUAACACACCCAUAUCCCUCAGAAGAACAAAAAAAGCAAUUGGCCCAAGACACAGGGUUAACCAUUCUCCAAGUCAAUAAUUGGUUCAUAAAUGCAAGGAGAAGAAUUGUUCAACCGAUGAUUGACCAAUCAAAUCGAGCAGCUCCGGGAGGUCAUGGGGGAUACAGUCCUGAUAGCAUGGGCUGGGAUGGGCAGGCAAUGGCCCACAUGGGCUCACACAUGCUGCAAGGUAGGCCAGGCGCAGACAUGUAUGAUCCAAUGAAAGCAGGCUAUCACCACAUGGACGGCUCACAGCGAUACGACAUGCUAGGCGUCCAGGGCAUGGGUGAUAUGUACGGAGCACCCCCUGUCAGUGGCAGCAGUUCUUAUUCCCAAAUGUCGCAGUUACGUCCGCCCGUACACUCACAAGCUAUGUUAAUACCCGGCCACCCACACCACAUGAUGAUGGGCCACGGUGCUCCGGGCAUGAGCCCGCACGCAAUGUCAAUGAGUUCUACCCAGAGCCCACCUCUACACGGCAGCAUGGAAAGUAUGGGAGCCCAUAUACAGGACAUUCAUGCAGGGUAGACGCCAUGACAGUGUGGCCCCACAUGACAUCAAACAAAAAGUAUUAGUGGAAGACAGGACUUCCUUUUUUCACCGCCUAUCAGCACAUUAAAAAAAAAAAUCAAUAUAUGGAUGAUUUGCAGUUAAAAACUACAAAUCAUUCUAUUUUUUUUUUCUGUUUUUUGAGACAUAAUAAUGAGAAAACAAAAUGUCACAGUGAUCUCGUUGUGGCCAAGUAUUUGGAGGAAUGAAAUUCCUGGACGGUGGAACUCAGUAUGCUAGUCACGGACGUCGCUACUCGUCUGGAUCUGACAGAGGACGGCUGACGUCUUUCCGCUUCCUCUCCGUUUUUCUCGAUGAUCUGUAUGGACUCUUGUUUUGUUUUUUUUUGAAACUGUCACAGUAGGUGCAAGAAUCACUUGAUUUUUUUCAGAAAGUAUUAGGUGCUGGGUAAUACAGCAUCAGAAUUUUCUUGUGUUUUCCAAUAAAGUAUUAUGAUUUUGCGGGACAGAUUUGAGCUGCCCGAUUUAUUUUCUUUGUCACUGAUGACAUUGUUGCAAGGAAUACCUCAUCUUGUUUGCUAUAUAUAUUAUAGUUUAAUGGCCAUGACUAAUUAUAUAAACAAUAAUUUACAUGCAUUCCAUUUCUUUGUGGUAUACUGGUUGUGGCCAUUUUUUGUAUUUUGUUCUGUGUCUUUUUUUCUAUCUCAAACAAAUCAAGUGUUAUUUCCUUUUUUUUCUAUUUAAUUGAACAACUAAAUGCUAAUGAUCAAAGGACCAGACAUGUGGCCAUAUUAACCAAUCAGAAAUUGGGACAUAUUAACCAAUCAGAAAUUGGGACAUAGAAGAGAAAGUAUCAUCACAGCCAAUCAAUUUGAAGCUUUAAUGUUACCUCAAUAUUAGAUUUCUGUUGUAAAAAAAAAUAUGAAAGUUUAUUCAUUUAGAUGGUUUUUUGUAUUUAAUAUGGUGCAUGUUUGAACGGAGAAGUAUUUGGUGCAUAUAAUGGACUUGUAUAUUAGGAAUGGGAAUGAUGGAUGAAAUGAAAGCGAGGCUUGAAUCAAGUCAUGGAGUUUUACUUUUGUUUUUUUUCUCUCUUUUUUUCCUGUUUUGUUUGUUUAUUUUGUAACUGAGUAUUAAUAAAGAUUUGAUUUGUUGCCAAGUAACACACACGAUUGUAUUUUUUGUUUCGUCCUAUCAGAAUAUUAUAAGGUAAUUUCUUUAAAAAGAUCAAAACUCCUGCUCUGCCAUUUUCUCUUUGUGCUGCCACUUGGUAGAAUAUUUGUGGUGUGGCCAAAUCAACAUUUCAACAGUAUUCGUUUUCCUCUUUUGUUACUUUUUUUUGCAUAAUAAAUUAUUUUCUAGUAUUUUUUUGAUUGAUGUUGAGUUUUAAGUUUGCAUUAAUUUAAUUGAUUAAACAAUUUCAUGUGAAACAAAGAAAAAAUAUUCCUAUGAUAUUUCAAAUCAUGGACAAAUAUUUAUAAAUCAUGUAUUAAUGAUGUACAUACAAAAAGUAAAAUUCUUGGUUUCACAGAUUUUUUUAAUUUCUUCAAUUGUUUUAUUUACUGCUGACUACCCACAAUCCUUUGGCUGUAUGUUGCCAGGGAUACGACAAUCACAUGAUACAGCAACAAAAUCUGAUUGGCCAAUGAGUGUGUUCUGUUAUUUGUGUGUGAGUGUCUGAGGGGUGAGUUGGGAGUUUGCUAAAGCUUGGAUGCUUAGUUCUAGGGAAUUUUUAAUGAGAUUGUCACAUAUUUGAGAAAAAAAAUUCCAGAAGAUAAAAAAAUAAAAUGUUGUACUAUGCUAA